AUGGCGACCGCCGCAGUCUCGCAAGGUCAAGACAAGGAAAACUGCGCGGAGCCGACAUCAGUAAUAACGUCUCAAGCUGCCUUAGCCUUGCACGCGUCUAGUCGUCGGGACGAUAAUCCUACUAUACUCUCGACUGCUAUUGUAUACGUUCAUGAUAACCACGGAAGGCAAGUCGAGUGCUGUGCAUUGUUGGAUUGCGGUUCGCAAGCCAAUUUUGUUUCUAGAGGAUUCGUGACCAAGCUCGGAUUAAAGCCGAGGUCAACGAACGUAAUUAUCUCAGGGGUGGAUGGCGCAACCACCAAUUCUAAUCAAAGCGUCCGUUUAAGGAUACAAUCUCGCUUAAAUUCAUAUUCGACAGAUAUUGAGUGUAUUAUGACCGAGCAAGUAACAAGUGAACUUCCGGCGUUCACCUUCGAUCGCAGCAUCUUUGACAUUCCUCGCAACUUAGAGUUGGCUGACCCGCAAUUCUACGAAUCUUCUAAGGUCGAUUUAUUACUAGGGGUUGACAUAUUCUGGGACCUAUUGUGCGUGGGGCAGGUACAAGCCUCACCUAAGCACCCAACGCUGCAAAAAACGCGCUUAGGGUGGAUUUUAGCUGGUCGAAUCGGUUUUUCGAGGGGGGAUCCUAAGAAAGUACGGUCCUUUCACGCAACUAUAACCAACGCACAAAUACACGAUCAGCUCAGCCUUUUUUGGCGCCAGAAAGAUUGCGUUGAGCAUCCAACUGGUUAUACUCUAGUGGAAACUCAGUGCGAACAGCACUUUCUAAACAACGUGUCUCAGAAUCAGGACGGUAGAUUUGUGGUCAAGCUUCCCAUCAAGGAGCAUAUAAUCAGCGAGCUAGGUAGUUCAAGAGAUAUCGCGUUGAAGCGUUUGCGGAAUAUUGAAAAGCGUUUCGAGCGUGAUCCUAGUCUGAAGCUACAAUAUACGGAAUUCAUGAACGAGUAUCUGGUUUCAGGACAUAUGAGGGUGGCGGACGAGCAACUCGAGGAAGGCUUCUACUUGCCGCAUCAUUGCGUUUUCAAGGGCUCUGAUCGGUCUUCUAAGAUCCGUGUAGUCUUCGACGCGUCGUGCAAGGGUAGUAAAGGGACAUCUCUCAAUGACGCGCUCACGGUAGGGCCGGUGGUCCAACAAGACUUAAUGUCCAUUUUGCUACGAUUCCGUACACAUCGCUACGCUAUUUUAGCCGACAUAAUUAAAAUGUACCGGCAGAUUCUGGUAGAUCCUUCUCAGACGAGAUUUCAGAGAAUAUUGUGGCGUGACAAUGCUAGCACAGACGUACAAACAUACGAACUGACAACAGUCAUGUACGGUACUUCUUCCGCCUCUUACUUGGCUACGAGAUGCCUGACAUAUUUGGCGGAGCUGCAUGAGUCGACAUACCCAGUAGGAUCGAAAUGCGUCAAACAGGACUUUUACAUGGACGAUAUGCUCACAGGAGCAGACACAAUUGCUGACGCCGAGGUUAUAAUACAGGAGGUUACACAGCUAUUACGAUUAGGACGUUUCGAACUUAGUAAAUGGGCGUCGAAUUGCUCACAACUGCUUACCAACGUAGAUGGUCAGAAAAGUAGUUCAACUAUCAUUAGUAGCGGCGCACAUCCACGUGUUUUAGGAGUUUUGUGGAACCAAGCUGAAGACAAGCUAGGGUUCUCGUACGAAGCUGACGUAAAUCAUCACACGGUAUCCAAGCGCUCAGUAUUAUCAGAUUCCGCUCGAUUGUUUGAUCCCUUAGGUAUUCUAGGGCCAGUUGUAGUUACGGCAAGGUUCAUUCUCCAGGAGCUUUGGCAAGCGGGCUGUGCUUGGGAUGAAUCCGUCCCGCAAGCUAUACAAUCACGAUGGCUCAGAUUCAAGUCACAGUUACCGGGAUUAAACGAUUUCCAGAUUCCUCGAUGCGUUAAGUUUGCGUCGAAUCAUCGACUCGUUCAGGUACACGGGUUUUGUGAUGCUAGCCAGCGUGCCUAUGGGGCGUACAUAUACAUUCGAACAGAGGGCAUCGAUGAAUAUCGCUUAGAACUCCUUUGCUCGAAAUCUCGCAUCGCGUCUCUCAAGGCUAUAUCUCUUCCAAGGCUGGAAUUAUCUGCGGCGUUGCUAUUAGCUCAACUAUUAGAAAAGGUCAGAAACGCGCUUGACUUAUCACGCAACGCUAUCUUUCUCUGGUCGGACUCGACAAUAGCCUUGAAUUGGCUGACAUCACCUUCUCGAAAGUGGUCCACCUUUGUGGCCAACCGGGUCGGCGAAAUACAACGCCUGACAAAACCAGAAUGUUGGGCUCACAUUUCUUCAGCUGAUAACCCCGCGGACGUGUUGUCGCGCGGCGCCGAUCCUUACGAGUUAAUAAAUUCUUCAUUGUGGUGGCAAGGCCCGACCUUCUUACGAUCUCCUCAGGAUCAGUGGCCUAGCGGAAAAUUCACUCAACUCAAGGACGACAUACCGGAGGCGCGGGUAACCUCUACAGUCGCGGUUUCCUUUGAACUCUCUGUGGUUGACGAUUUAGCGGACAGGGUUUCUAGCUUAAACAAACUCUGUCGCAUUCUAGCCUAUUGUUUCAGGAUCCGUAAAACACAUCGUCCGAGCCCGCCAACUAGCUUUGUCUCACAUAAUGAAAUUUCGCACGCCCUAAAUACGGCAUGUAGGGUAGUGCAAAGAACCUCGUUUUCCGAGGAAUACAAGGCAUUAAGUAAGGGCAAGCCUAUUAGUACGUCUAGCAAAUUACUCUCGUUAUCGCCGUUUAUGGAUGAAAUUGGGCUAAUUCGCGUGGGGGGUAGGCUAAGAAAUUCCAAUCUACUCGAGGCGCGACACCCGAUAUUGCUACCUCGCGAACACAAUUUUACAAAACGCGUGAUAAGUCAUGAACAUGUGCGUAACAUGCAUGCCGGCGCGCAAGCCACCAUGGCCGCCAUCAGGCAACGCUUUUGGCCCCUUUCGUUUCGGUCAAGUACGCGUAAGAUUCUGCGAAGCUGCAUAACAUGCUUCAGAGUCAAACCAAUUCAAUCAGAAGCUAUAAUGGGUUCCCUGCCGGCCAGCCGUGUCACGAUGUCGAGACCAUUUUCGCACUGUGGCGUGGAUUACGCUGGUCCGAUUAUAAUAAAGGAGGGCAAACGACGAAAUGCCCGGAAUAGUAAGGCGUACAUUUCUAUCUUUGUGUGCUUUGCCACCAAGGCGGUCCAUAUCGAACUGGUGAGCGAUCUCACUUCGGACGCGUUUCUUGGUGCGCUUCGGCGUUUUAUCUCUCGAAGAGAUAAACCGAUAUGUAUGUACUCUGACAAUGGCUCUACUUUUAUAGGAGCUCAUAACCAGAUCAAGGAGAUUCGAGACUUCCUCAACUCUCAGCAAGUGCAGGCAGACGUAAAACAAUUCCUGUGCGAGCAAGAAACUACGUGGAGCUUCAUUCCACCUAACGCGCCUCACUUCGGAGGAUUGUGGGAAGCGGCCGUGAAGUCGGCCAAGUAUCACAUGUCGCGUAUCGUUGGCAGAGCCAAUUUGACCUUUGAAGAACUGCAGACAGUGCUUGCUGAGAUUGAAGCAAUCUUGAAUUCACGUCCGCUUACGCAAAUAAGUAGCGACCCGAACGACCUUUCCUGUCUCACUCCAGGGCAUUUUCUGGUCGGAACGGCUAUGAAUAGUCUCCCUUGCCGAGAUUUAAGCGACGUGAACGAGAAUCGAUUAAUGCGAUGGCAGCGAGUUGACCAGAUAAGGCAGCAUUUUUGGAAAAGAUGGAGUACCGAAUAUCUCCAUUCUUUACAAGAACGUCACAAGUGGAAAACUAAUAAAGGUACACAGUUGAAACCUGGGCAGCUCGUGCUCAUAAAGCAACAAGGCCUAGCUCCGAUGCAAUGGCUAUUAGGGCGAGUUCUGGAAACUCAUGCCGGCUCUGACGGCAACCCGCCACAUUCCAACGCCGGCUCACAUUCGAGCGCCAGGGCGUAUCCGCGUGCGCUGCACGCAUCGUUACCGGACAGAGUCCUACAUCCUCCACGAGGCCAGGGACAUCCGACGAGGAUCGUCGACGACGAGCAAAUCAACAUUACCGUCGACGGCAAGCUCGAAUCUGCUCUCGAGGCGCGGUUCAAGGGAUUGAGAAGGCAUCUAGUGACGACCUACAUCGAGAAUCGUCUGUCAUCGCUCUUUCCAACCGCACCGGCGGAACAUCGUCAAGUCGCAAGCACACAUAAGUAUCGCGUGUUUUUCGUAGACAGAAUGCCCGACGAAAACAUAGCGGUUCUUAAAAAACAACGUACGGUUAUUAAAUCAUCGUGUACGCGUACUAAGACAUACGUGGAUUCGAUCACGGUUCUUACGCCGUCAGUAAUAGCGCAGCUCGAGGAGCGCAAGUUGAAAUUAGAUUCCAAUUGGUCGGAUUAUAAUACGGUUCAAGCGCGAUUAGAAGCAUUGGACGAUGCUGAGGCUAACGAUCGUCCAGGAUUCGAGGAGGCGUACUUCGCGUUGUCGGCGAACAUUAGGGAAAAACUAGCAUUCUCCGUAGAAGCCACGCGUAGUUCAGCGCCGUCGCCAGCGCCUUCGAGUGCCUCGAAUGGUCAUGACUCGAACGCGCAUGUACGAUUACCGAAGCUUAACCUUCCGACUUUCAGCGGUAAAUACGACGAGUGGUUUCCGUUUUUUGACACCUUUAAUGCAAUUAUACAUUCAAAUACAUCAAUUAGCAAUGUUCAAAAAUUUCAAUACUUGCGUUCUUCUCUUUCCAGUGAGGCCAGUGAUGUCAUCAGCUCGCUGGAGAUCUCUGACGUCAAUUAUGAGGUUGCUUGGCGAUUACUGAAGGAACGUUACGAUAACAAGAGAAUAAUCGUACACACGCAUAUUAAAGCCAUCAUGGAGCUUCCAUCGAUGGUCAAGGAGAAUUCCAGCGAGCUGAGGCAGAUUACGGACGGCGCGUGCAAGCACAUGCGUGCCCUACAAGCGCUCCAGCGUCCGACGUCUCACUGGGACGAUAUUCUCAUAUUCAUUUUAAGCGCUAAACUCGACACAACCACUUUGCGAGAGUGGCAAUCGUCUUUGGAAGGCACGGAACUCCCGACUCUGAAGCAGUUCAUCGAGUUUAUGACACACCGUUGUCAAAUGCUAGAAGCGACAAGCAGAUCUCUCGCUGUCUCUGCUAAAG